AUGGAAUACGCGGCGCCGUUACAAUCUAAAUCAAUCGAAAGAAACGGCCGAAGACCAGGGAAAACAGCGUGCAGUGCCUGCCAUGCUCGCAAGAAGCGAUGUGACAUAGCCUGGCCGCAUACCCAGUGCGCAAACUGUCGCAAGGGUGAUGAAAUCUGCCUGCCUAGGGCUCCUGUCAAGAGAUCUGCCCCUCAAUCUGCCAAAGAUGAUCGCAGCCGCAACCAAUCGUAUCAGCUGUUGGACCUACCUCUACCACAAGGUAUCGACCAUGAAGUUCCACGAUGGAGUGCACUUUAUUCAUUCUAUUCCGAAAUUUGUCGACUAUUGCCUCCCUCAGGAAACGACGAUAGCGAUUUGGACCACAUUGGGUCUCCAUCAUCAGCUCAAUUAGAGAGUUACCCAGACCUUUGUAAAACAUCUCUAGGAGAGCAUUCUACCGAUAAUUCGCUUUACCAGGAGGUCCAACUGGAUCUACAAUACGCAAACAUUUCGCCUAUGAAAGGUAUCAUCUAUAUGCCGGCGUCUCGUUCUCCCUCGCGCUCGCGAAAUGGAACGGACUCAGGGGAAGUGGCAUGUCUGCACAGUAGUGGGACUGGUGAUUCCUCUGUAUUGGCUCGGACUUAUUGCCCAGGCAUCUGGGAUUCGGAAACUGUUAUUUUUAUGAAUGAUCUUGACAAAUUGCUUGUGUUCUGA